UACCUGCAAUGAGGUAAUUCUCCAUUUUUGCUACUGCUUGAAAGCUCAUACUUGUAGUGGUUGUGAAUUGGACACCUUAAAAGGGAAGUCUUUAAAUUUGGCUCCAUAAGUUCUGUGUGGUGAACACUUUUUUAUUUUAUUUCAUUUUGCAGUCUAACUUCUUUAUUGUAACUUCUUUUAUUGUUUGGGAUAGCAAGUUUCCCAUCUAUCUGUUUAUGACCCAUAGCAUGAGACAACUGUAUUUGAUCAUUCUGUUAAUGCUUGUUUGGAGCACAUUGAUAUUGCUAGAAAAACAGUUCUUGGAAGAUUCUAUUGCUUAGUGUUUGUGUGGGUUUUUCUGUGCUUGACGUCAGGGAAAAUGUUUAAAGUUGUGCACACUCUAUGCACAAAUUGUCAUGUAUGAAUCUUGACCAUGUCCACUUCGUAUAAAAUUAGUGACUAGAAACAUAUUCAUACUAUACUUCCUACCCUAGGACCAUAAAUUAGUGCUUAUCACUUUUAUUUAUAGUGUUUUUUUCUUUCAUUUUGAAGACUUAUAGUUGAUAUGAACUGGAAAUUUCCUCUAAUAGUUUACAUCUUGAAGAUGCCUAAUGAUUCUUGGAUUUGAAUGGAGUAAUAAUUUCAAAACGACAAAGAUUUGCAUCUUAACAUAUUUUAGAAAAGUCAAGAAAUAUGGGUGCCCUGUUUCUUUCCUCUAAUACGGAUUUUCCAAUGCAUUGGUAGAAUUUUCUGUUGUCUAGUUGUUUGCAGAGUCAAUAUCCAGGUCAGAAAACUGUUUGUUUGUAUGUGAAUACAUCCUCAAACGAGAAUAAAUAUUUACAGUUUCUUUUCAUUUCACAUUGAGGAAUAAUUCAUAGAUGAGGAUGAGGAUGUAAUUUGUAGGAUCAAACCAAGAUGGAUGAAAUGGAGGAGUGCGACGAGUGUUCUAUGCGACCAUAGGAUACUUGACAAAGUGAAAGCAAGUUUUUUAGAAUUGUGGUUAGGCCAGCUAUAUUGCAUGAGAGUGAAUGUUGUGCACCUAAUGUACAACACACCCACAAAAUGAGUGUGGUGGAAAUGCAAAUGUGCAGAUGGAUGUCUGGUAACACGAUAAUGGAUAAAAUGAGGGAUAACCAUUUGCUCUCUCUCUCUCUUUCUCUUUUUUUCUUUGGGUAUGGUUCUUUUGCCUUUCCAAUGAGGCAUCUUGUCAUUGAUUGUUGUUGUAUUAUUCUUUAUCAUCAUUACUCCGUCCUUUGCUUUAACAGUUGUUUCUCCGCUCUACUUGUCCAGGAUAUGCCUUUCAUUUAUUUAAUGAUGGGAUACAUUUUUGUCGCAAUGGCAAAUUUAGCAAUUGAAGUUCGGCUUAUGGCUUUCAAGUUUUUUUAUCUCAUUGUACAGCAUUAUCCAGCUGCGUUUUCCUUGCAUGGUGAAAAGGUUCUUCAAAAUUAUGCGGAUAUUCUGCGGAAGAACCAGUUCUGUUUAGAAGACAAGGGCAGGCUCAAGAAUGUGCUUGCUGGUUUGUUGCGCUGCUUGUCACUGUUGCCAUCUAAAAAAGUAGAAGUUGACACAUUCAAGAAGGAAGUCCCUAGGCGCGUGUUGCAUGCUUAUGAGCCUACGAGGCCUACAGAUUUUGCUGGUAUUGCUCAGCACCACGUUCUUAUUUUUCUAUGGGUUUUUGUAGAAUUACAUUUCGCAAUGCCAUCAUUCAGUUUCUGCAUUUAUGGCCAUCUCAUUGUUUGCAUGGCUUCCUAUUCUUGUGGAGAAAUCAAUUCACAUCUGAUAAUUAUAACUGAUAGCACAUUCUUUGCAUUCGUGGAUGAUGAUCGAUAUUUUUCCCUGAAUGUUGUGAUUGCUGAAAUAUUUUUGCACUUAGAUGAAUGGAUCCGCCCUCCUGCUGAGUUACUAGAGAAAUUUCUUGCAUUCAUGGAGCAUGCACUGCUUGAAAAGAUCCACGGUGAAACAAGGUCUGGCAGAGAAAAGCAGAUGCUUACACUGGUUCAUUUUAUGCCAAAACUUGUAGCACAAGUGAAAGGCGACUGGAAGUCUCGCCUUCUACAGGCAUUUACAAAGACAUUCCUUGAUUGCAAACCAGAGUCUUCAGUAAAAUUGGCUUGCCUUGCCGCAAUUGAAGAAAUGCUUUUUUCUAUAAGAAUGUGGCAACCAGAUGGAUAUGAUCCAGAAGUAGUGGGCCCUCUUAUUACUUGGAUAAGAGAGCUACCUGUGUUGUUAAUCCUGCUCGGUGAUAGGCAUCCAUCCUCUUCUGAAGCUGUGUUGCAUCUUCUGCUUGACCUGGGUCGAUUUGCUUCACUGGGUUCUUUCCUUGCAAAGGAAUACGAAGAGGUGCAAAAGUCGCUACAAGAAUUUUACUGCACAUAUCAAGAAGGGGAUAAAUGUUAUGGUCCUUUCACAAGGCUUCCAUUGGAGUGUCAAAAACUCUCCAUCUAUAGUCUUGCUUACUUUUCUCACCUAGAUUCACCUUUGCUGACGUCAGUAACUUUAUGUUGCCUCCGUCCUGACUUGGAUGAAUAUGUCUUGUUUCUGAUCAUAGAACAUUUGCAUUCAAUAUUUAGACGCGGCAAAAUUGAGAUACAGGACCACCUUAGCUUCUUUGUCACGCUGGUCACCCGUUUCAAUGUUUUUCCAGAAAAUAUUCGCUCUGCAAUUGAGGAAGGUACAAAGUUCUCAAAUCGUGGAACUUUCAAGAAAUUGAUUGGUGUUGUUUUCUCAUGCCUGGAACAGAUGGGUGAUGCUUCCCUAGUUUUUUUUCUAUUGGAGAGAGAAAUCCUAAAGCAGAUUUUAUUAAAGCCCCCUCUAGACAAUGCCUGUGCUAUGCUAAGGAUACUUGUUAGGCUAGACUCCAAACCCACAAGACUUUCUGAACAAAGUAUUAUCAAUUUGAGCAAUUUCAUUCCAAGCUACUUGAUUGACGUUGUGCAUUGUAUGGGAGGGUUUGAUGCAGAACCCAAGGGAGCUCAUUUUCGAACGCUGAUGGACUAUAUUGUUCCUAGCUUUUACAUGUUUGAAAGUAGUAGAAAGCUCUUGAAUCUUGUGUUGAAUGGGAUGGGUUCAAUGAUAACUGAAAGUAGAAUAAAUGAUAUUGUUAGUGUCCUAAUGUUGAUGCAUAAGGAUGAUAAGAUGAAUCGAAUUAUUUCUUCAUCGAGGGCUGAGUUUGAUCAUGUUUCACAGAGCAUACGCUCAUUAAAGUUGGAGGAUAGCAGUCUAACUGUUGGGGAAAGGCGUAGAAUACAAUAUGCGUUAGAGCAACUAAAGACUGUUAGAAGCUCAUUAGAUCAAGAGAUGCAAAGAGCAAAGCAGGAUAUGUUACCCUAGUUUAUUGCACUACAAGUUUGCAAUGGCCUAAAAUUUUGAAAUUUACAAUUUUGGGAAUAUAGUAAAAGAUGAAUUAAAGGGGAUAACGUUUUCCAUUCAUUUUCUUGCUGUACAUAUAGAGGAACCAUAAUGGAUAUAAUAUUUCAUGUCAAAA